CCUCAGUUUUGAGUACUAGGUACUUAGGUACCUAGUAUAGUAGGCUAGGUAUGAAGUAGGUAGAUCCACCAUCGAAUGCUGGAGCGAACCGCUAGCCACUGGUAGCUUAGUGGAGUAAAUCCACUAGGAGCUAGUACCUGUUCAAUCAUACCUGCUAAUUAAUAGGUAGUAAUUAAAUUUCCAUUUCUUAACUUUUGCCAUCACCAUCAUCCCCAUCGUAGAACGACUCGCAUUCUAGUUCUAACUGCGCAGUAUAAACCAACGCGACGAUGGAAAUCGCCCAACCGGAUCUGAAGAGUCUAGUUAUCGAUAAUUCUAGGCGAUCGAAAUCUCUCUUCGUAGAUUCAUCCGGCGAGUCGGCGCGAAAGAAGCUCAAGCUAACCGUUGACGCGACUGAACCACAACUCGAGAAAGAUGCUCUUUCUAUUCGCUUCCACUCGGAAUACCAACAUGUUAAAGAACUGCCACCCGCCCUUGCUUACAAGCAAGCAAGCGCUAUGAGUGUCAGGAAGAAGGGAAAGAAGCCGACUUUAAAUCAACCACCAGCCGCAUCCGAAGAUCAGAGGACCCAGAAGCUAAUUGAAGGUAUCGGCGAAUCUUCCAGUAACUCGAACAAGCCUCAGCCAAACUCCAAUGCCCUCGUCCACUUACGCAAACCUCCCACAAACUCUUCACAAUCAUCAAAUACCACGUCAUCCGAAUCCUUAAACGUCGCCCGUGCCCAGGCUGCUCAUCAAGUCAAACCUGACUGGCAUCCGCCAUGGAAGCUCAUGAGGGUCAUUUCAGGCCAUUUAGGCUGGGUUCGAAGCCUUGCUGUCGAACCACACAACCAAUGGUUUGCUAGCGGUGCUGGUGACCGGACAAUCAAAGUCUGGGACCUUGCGACAGGACGGCUCAGAAUCACCCUGACCGGCCACAUAGCGGCCGUGCGUGGCCUAGCAGUAUCUCCUCGCCACCCCUACCUUUUCUCCUGCGGCGAGGAUAAGAUGGUUAAAUGCUGGGAUUUGGAAACGAACAAAGUCAUUCGGCACUACCACGGACAUCUGAGCGGGGUAUGUAGUUUGUCGCUUCAUCCUACCCUGGACGUCCUCGUCACGGGCGGGAGAGACGGUGCUUCUAGAGUCUGGGAUAUGCGCACUCGCAGUAAUAUUCAUGUCUUGUCUGGCCAUACCCGAUCGGUCACCAACGUUCAGUGCCAGGAGGCCGACCCGCAAGUCAUCAGCGCUUCGGAAGACCACACCGUCCGAUUAUGGGACCUCGCGGCCGGCAAAACGAUGGGUGUGCUUACCCAUCACAAAACCGGUGUACGCGGUCUCGCCAUACACCCCACCGAGUUCACAUUCGCCACCGGAAGUAACAAUAGCAUCAAGCAGUGGAAGUGUCCAGAAGGUGCUUUCAUGGGUAACUUCGAAGGUCAUAAUGCGAUAAUCAAUUCCUUAGCCGUCAACGAGGACGUUCUAUUCUCUGGAGGACAAGACGGAUCCAUGAGCUUUUGGGACUGGAAGUCGGGCCACCGAUUCCAGGCAUUGGAUACCAUCGCCCAGCCCGGGUCGCUAAACUGCGAGUCCGCAAUUUAUAGCUCAACCUUCGACCGCACAGGCCUAAGACUUAUCGUUGGUGAAGGAGACAAGACGAUCAAGGUGUGGAAACAGGAUGAGAAAGCGACGCCGGCAACCCAUCCCCUCGAAUGGAAGCCAACUUUGGGUAGACGAAAGUAUUGAAGGGGUUUUCUAGUAUUUAAUAUGCACAAUGCGCACGUAAGGACGGAGGAACUUUUGGUAUAAAACGUCAAACACAAAC